AUGUCCCGCGUGGUGUUCGAAGAGAUGCCGGAGACGGCCGCCGGAGGAGGAGUGAUGCUGAGCCGACGGAGGAGCAACGCCAGGCGGAGGAAGCGAAAGGAGUCGUUCGCCUUCCAGAUGUGCUUUGCGGGGGUGCUGCUGGGGCUCGUGGUGGGGCUCAAGGCUGUGGCACAGAAAGCAGGAUAUCACGUUUCUGGCUUCGUGGGGGAGGAGGGGGGGAGGUGGGAGAGCCGCCAUCUCCUGCAAGAGGUCUACGACAACGAGUCGAAGCUCUACUCUGAGCUCGCCAAGAACUGUACGGAACCAGCAAUCCACGAGUUCCCCAGGGAUUACUUCACCAACCAGGAGCGUGUUGAUGGAGCAGUAGGCCUUCACGUCCUCUUUGCGGUCUACAUGUUCUAUGCUCUGGCCUUGGUGUGUGACGACUAUUUCGUCCCCUGUCUGGAGAAGAUUUGCGAGCGUCUCCAACUGAGUGAGGACGUCGCAGGAGCAACCUUUAUGGCAGCCGGCAGUUCAGCUCCUGAACUGUUCACCUCUGUGAUCGGAGUCUUCAUCACCAAAGGUGACGUCGGGGUGGGCACCAUCGUGGGCUCGGCUGUCUUCAACAUCCUCUGCAUCAUUGGAGUUUGUGGCAUCUUCGCCGUUCAGACGAUACAUCUCACCCGCUGGCCUCUGCUCAGAGACUCUACGUACUACACCUUGUCCAUCUCUGCUCUUCUAGUGUUCAUAUAUGACGAAAAAGUGGUUUGGUGGGAAGCUCUCACCUUGAUUCUGAUGUACUUCGUCUACAUUCUGAUCAUGAAGAUGAACUCCCACGUUGUUCGUUUUCUGGAGCGGAAGAAGAACUCGCCAAGUUUGAGGAGCGCGGCCAAUAAUGCCGAGCUCGACGAGGGCUGUGACGCCACCGCCGUCCUGCUGAAGAAAGCGAACCACCACAGGAAGCCGUCGGUGCUGAUGGUGGACGAGCUGCUGUCGGCGUACCCCCACCAGCUGUCCUUCUCCGAGGCCGGCAUGAGGAUCAUGAUCACCAGCCACUUCUCCCCAAGAACCCGCCUCACCAUGGCUUCGCGGAUGCUCAUCACCGAGAGGCAGCGGCUCAUCAACACGCACACCUUGACCAACGGCGACUCCGACGUUCCUGUCAAAGGACGAAGCAGGCGGAGCCUAGAAAACGGGAUGUCCGGGACCGAGAGGGGUGGCGGCGUUCGCCAUGACGACCAGGAGGCGGGUAACGAGACGGAGAAUGAAGACAACGAGAACAAUGAGAACGACGAGGAGGAAGAAGAGGAGGAUGGAGGGGGACCCUUAGUGCCCUUCAAGUGCCCAGUGGGAGUGUGUAACAAGCUGAAGUGGCUGCUGGCCUGGCCUCUGUGCCUGCUGCUGUACUUCACCGUGCCCAACAGCUCCUCGCCUCGCUGGGACAACUACUACAUGCUGUCCUUCGCCUGCUCCACCCUGUGGAUCGCCGCCUUCUCCUACAUCAUGGUCUGGAUGGUGACCGUGAUCGGAUUCACACUCGGCAUCCCAGACGUCAUCAUGGGAAUCACCUUCCUGGCGGCCGGCACCAGCGUCCCUGAUUGCAUGGCCAGCUUAAUAGUGGCACGACAAGGAAUGGGAGACAUGGCCGUGUCCAAUUCCAUUGGCAGCAAUGUGUUUGACAUCUUGGUGGGGCUCGGCCUCCCCUGGGCCCUGAAGACCCUGGCGAUCAGCUACGGCUCGGACAUCAAACUAAACAGCAAAGGACUGAUCUUCUCUGUGGGACUCCUGCUGGCGUCCGUGUUUCUGACCGUCCUGGGAGUUCACCUAAACAAGUGGACGUUGGACAAGCGCUUUGGUUUCAUGUGUCUCCUCCUCUACUCCGUCUUCCUGUGUUUCUCCUGCCUCAUCGAGUACAACAUCUUCACCUUUGUCAACCUGCCAACCUGCCAGGAUGACUGA